AUGAGCGAGCACCCCGACGAGGAGACGCCGUCCUUCGACGUCGGCGGCGCGGCGGUGCUGCGCUACGCGCUGACGAAGCGCAGCUUCCGCAGGGGCCGCGACGUCCAGCUGCCCGUCUACUACCCGGGCGCGGAGCCGCACCGGAACUACGCGGGCGCGCGGCGGACGGACGCGGACCUCGACGCCGCGGCCGCGUCGACGGCGCGGCCGCUGCUGCUGGGCUUCGUCGGCACCAUCCCCGCGGCGGGCACGCCCUACGUCGUGCCCGCGGCGCCGUCGACCUUCGGCCUGCGGAGCCGCGUCGUCGCGAGCUGCGCGCGCCGGGGCGGAAACGGGGCGAUUCGAGGCGCCCACUCGCUGAGCAACGGGGUCGUCGUCGCGCACGCGGACGACGAGUCCGACUGGGGCGGCAUGUGGAGCGACCACUACGCCGCGGUGCUCGCGAACUCGAGCUACGCGCUCUGCCCCGGCGGCGCGGCGCCCUACGCGUCGGAGCGGCUCGUCGACGCCAUCCGGGCCGGCGCGGCGCCCGUCGUCGUCGACGACGGCCUCCUCGUGUUCCCGUUCGCGGGCCUCGAGGACGCGGACGCGCUCUGGGCGCGGUGCGCCGUCGUCGCGACGCCGGAUUUGAUGCGCUACGGGUCCCGCGGCCUCCUGCGCCGGCUCGACGACGAGCGGGACGCGGGCCUGCUGCCCGCGCGGCUCGAGGCGUGCCGGAGCCUGAGGGACCGCUUCCUCGGCGACGCGGACGCCGUCGUCGACGCGGCCUUCCGCGCGCUCGCGGCGUCGGCGCGGACCUGCGACGCGCCGCUGCCGCCCUGCGCGGCCCUGAACUCCGGCGGCACCUGCGCGGGCGAGCCCGUGGACGCGGGCCGCGACCGCGUCCGAUCGAAGCCGACGUACCGCGAGAACGAGCGCGACCUCGUCGACGGCCUCCGCUGCCUCCGGAGCAACGCGGGGCCCGGCGACCGCCUGCGCGAGCUCGCCCUGACCGUCGCCGUCGCCGAGGAGUUCAUCCUCGUGGCCGCGCCGCGCCUCGCGGCGAACGAGUACGACGUCGCGACGCGGCUCCACGAGGAGCUCGAAAAGAACGCGAGCGUCGCCGUCCCGCCCUGGGCGUCGCGGGCCGCGGGCUGGAGCCACUACGUGCUCGGCAUGCUCGACGAACAGGACGGCCUCGUGCUCGACGCGCGGGACCACUACGACGCCGCGGACCGCCUCGGCGUCGCGCGCGCGAGCCGCCACGGGAUCCCGAUCCGCGACCUCCUCGCGGCGGAGCCCGUGCUCCUGGGCGUCGAGACGCGGUCCUGGCUCCUCAAGGAGAUGGCCACGGGCUGGCGGCUCUGCGGGGCCGUGGCCUGCGGCGUGUCCCUCGGCGACCCCUUUGAAGGGGACCACGCGACGGUCUACCUCACGACGCACGCGUCGAACGGCUUCCCCGUGGACUUCCCCUACGUGGACCGGCCGCGGCACGCCAACGCCGUCGUCUUCAUGGAGCACGACGCGCGCUUCUUCCCCGACGGCGGCUUCGAGAAAUCGCUGGAGGCCUUCCGCGGCGACGCGGACGUGACGCUCGGCUUCGCUCCGGGGGCGCCGCUCGCGGGCGUGCCGCACCUGCCUCUCUCCUACGUCACGGACCCGCCGGGCGCCUUCGCGACGCCGCCCGUCGACUUCGACCGCAAGGCGAAGCACGUGCUCUGGGUCUCGUCGCAGUGCGACCCGAAGUUCGCCCGCGACAGGCUCGAGCGCGUCGACGCGCUCCGCGCCGCUCUCGGGCCCCUCUUCGCGUCGCACGGCGCCUGCCGCCCGACGGCGACCAUGGAGGCGACCUUCCCCGAGUGCGCGUCCCUGCCGACCGACGCGCGGAGCGGCGGCGCCGCCACCGUCGACGACGACCCGCGGAGGCGCUGCGCGUACCGCAAGUCCGCGUUCGUCGCCGCCCGCGUCGCCGCCUACGAGAACUCCGCGGCGCCGGGCUACGCGACGGAGAAGCUCUUCCAGGUGCUGGCCGAGGGCAGCGUGCCCGUCUACUGGGGCGCGCCGGACGCGCGGGCCCUGCUGCCGGCGCCCGCGGCCGCCGUCAUGGCGCACGUCGCCGCGUACCUCGCGCACGCGCUCGCGAACCGCACGGUCUACGACUUCCACCUCCACUGGCGGUCCCUGCCGCCGAACCUCUGGGCGCCGGGCUUCCGCCGGGCGCUCGACCACGCGAAGCCGUCCGUCUUCUGCGCCGCGUGCGCGUUCGCGGCGGCGACGCGGCGCAAGUACGCCGCGCCGGAGCCGUCGCCGACGCCGGACGCGGAGCUCGACGACCUCAUGUCGUGGCGGCCCGCGCGUUCCCCAGGGUCGGUGCGCCCCGGCGGCAAGAUCAUCCACGAGCCGGCGCCCAUCUUCCUCUACCGGCGCUACAACGAGAGCCGUCACUGGCGGGACCUCGAGGUGCUCACGCCCGCGGCCGAGGAGCGCGUCGUGUCGCCCGUCGAGGCGCGCGCGGCCGUCGCGGCGCGCGCGGCCGCGGGCGGCUACGUCGCCUGCCACGAGGUCGCCUGCGACGGCGACCCCGCCUGCCGCGCCGUGGCGCCGGUGGCCUGGUGCGGCGACGAGCGCGUCGCGCUGCCGCCGGGCGCGUACGCGCUCGCGAGCUGGCUCGAGCGCGGCGCCGAGCGCCGCGGCAAGCGCGGCGCGCGCUUCCACGUCGUCGCGAGCGCGGCGCCCGGCGACUCCUGCGGCGCCGUCGCCGGCGACGCGGGGUGCCGGGCCCGGGGCUACUACGUCGACGUGGGCUUCAACGACGCGCGGUCGCGGACGCACGCGCUCGACGUCGACCGCGGCUGGCGGGGCCUCUGCGUGGACCCGGAGCCCGAGGCCGUCGGCGCGCGGGCCUGCGCCGUGGCGCGGGUCGCCGCCGGCGCCGCCGACCGCGCCUUCGCGGCCUACGCGCGCUACCUCGGCGACGACGGCGCGCCGACGGGGUCGCUCAACGGCACGCGCGGCCGGCCCGCGCUCUUCCGCAAAAAGGUGCGGACGGCGACGCUCGGCGCGCUCCUCGACGGCGCGGCCGCGCCGCCGAUCAUCGACCACCUCCACGUCGACACGGCGGGCUCCGAGGCCGAGGUGCUGCGGGGCUUCCCGCACCACGCGCGCUGCGCGCGCCGCGUGUCCGUGAGCGCGGCCGCGGCCCCCAAAUCGCAGCGCCGCGUCCACGUCUUCCUCGAGGCCCACGGCUACGUCUUCGAGGGCACCGACCGCGGCUGCGACGUCUUCUACGGCGACUGCGGCGCCUUCGCGCCGAGCGAGGGCGCGCCCCUCCUCGCGCUCAAGAGCCCGCGGCCCGGCGACGAGCGCGGCCAGUCGGUGAAAGUCGCGCUCUCCGCGGACCUCACGGCCGCGCCCGAGGUCCGGCGCGACCCCGACGCCUACGACGUCUGCUUCGACUGCGGCUUCGGCAAGAGCUGCCACGGCCUGCGCGGCGGCCUCGUGCUGCCGCGCUGCGACGCGCGCGAGCUCGGCGACGGGCUCGGACGGGUCGACGCGUGGGUCGAGCGGCGCGAGGGCUCGCGCGUGGGCCCCAAGGUCUGGGCCUGGCUCUGGGACGACGCGGCGACGGCGCUGGAGGCGCUGCGAAACAAGACGCCGCAGAACCACGGCCGCGUGCGCCUCCACCUGGGCGUCGCGCACGAGCACCUCGGCGACGGCUUGCGCGCGGCCGCGGAGUUCGGCGCAGCCGCGGCGCUCGGCGAGCCCGGCGCCGCCGCGCGCCUCGCCGCGCUCCUCGAGCGCGGCGCCGCGGCGCCGCGGUCCGCCUGCGCCGCGGAGGCGCCCCGGGGCGUGCGCCUCGCGGUCCACUGCGGGGCCCUGGACGAGCGAGGGACGACGGUGUCGACGUACGACUACGCGGACCUCGCGCUCGCCAUGGGCCUCGUCGACAGCGUCCUCGUGCUCCACGACGCCAGUGUGCCGCCGCUGCCGGCGAUCCUGGCCAAGUUCGAGGCGCGCUUCGGCCGGGACCGCGUCGUCGGGGUUGCGGCCGGGGACGUCGACGGCGUGUUAGCGCGCGACGGCGCGACGCACUUCUACGUCCAGAAGGCGGGUUUGGACGACGGCCUCGUGAGCGCCGUCGCGCGCACGCUCGUGCACUGCGUCUUCUUCGCGACGCAGGCCCACGGCGACGUCUACGCGCGCGUGAGCGACCACGUGCCCGUCGACGGGCCCGCGUCCGCGCCGAAAUCGCCCGCGUCCGCCGCGGCCGUCGUGCCCUUAGUCGUCCGCCCGGGCGACGUCGACGGCCCGGACCUGCGGGAGGAGCUCGGCAUCGCGGCGAACGCGACGGUCUUCGGCCGCCACGGCGGUCUGCACACCUUCUCCAUCGACUUCGUCAAGGCCGUCGUCGAGGCGCGCGCGGCGGCGCGGCCCGACGUCGUCUUCCUCUUCAUGAACACGGCGCCCUUCGGCGCGCCGAUUCCCAACGUCAGAUUCAUCCCCGGCACGGCGGACCCGGACCGCGUCGCGGCCUUCGUGCGCACCUGCGACGCCAUGCUCCACGCGCGCGCCGAGGGCGAGACGUUCGGCCUCGCCGUCGCGGAUUUCGCGCGCCACGACCGGCCCGUGCUCACCUUCGACUCGCCGGACCCGAGCUACGCGCGCUUCCACCUGAGCGUGCUCCAGAGGCGGGCCAUCCCCUACCGCGACGCGCGGUCCCUCGAGAAGGCGCUCGACGCCUUCGACCGCGACGCGGCGCGGCGUUUGCCCCGGGGCUACUGGAACGCCUACCACCCGGCCUUCGGCCCCGCGGCCGUCAUGGACGCGUUCGAGCGCGUCUUCCUCGCCGACGGGCCGGGCGAGACCUUCCGCCGGCCGCCGCCGGCGAACGACGAGGGCCUCCCCGCGGCCGCCGCGUGCGCCGCGGUGGCGCCCUCGAACGUCGCGUUCGGCGACGCGGACUUGCGGACGGCCGCAAUGGAAGACGACCUGUGUCCGCGUGAAUCCGCCCACCUGCUGCGGCCCGCCGGGGCGCCCGACGCGCCCGACGCGCCGCCCCCGCCGCCCCCGCCCCGGGCGCUCGAGGACCCGGCGACGCCGAGCUCCGGCGACGAGUGGGGCCACUUUAGCAGCGUGCCCGAGGGCUUCGACGAGGACGACGAGACGUCGAACAAGAGCGAGGCCGCGUCGGUGGCGGCGCCCCCCGAGGCGCCGAGCCGCUUCGACAGCUCGAACUUCGGGGCCUGCGGCGCGCGCUGCGCCGCGCGGGCCUACAAGCGCACGCCGAGCGCGUGCGCGGGUGCCAUGGGCUUCGAGGAGCGGUCGCCCGAGCGCGGCGAGGCGCCCGUGCGGCGCGCGCUCCGGCGGUCCGCGUCGCUGCCGGAGCUGCGCGCGCGGCCCGCGAGCCCCGGCGCGGACCGCGGCGGGCCCUGCCCGAAGCUCGCGGCCGCCGCAGCGCCGGCCACGGCCACCAGCAGCACCGCCACAACACAGUUCCGCCUCGCGAUCCCCGGCGUCGACGACGUCGUCUACGGCGUCGACGUGCGCCGCGACGACGCGCCGCGGCGCGCCCUCGCCGAGGCGCCGCCGCGGUCGCGGCGGCGGCGGUCCGCGCGGUUCCGCGACGACGACGGCGUCGAGCGCUGGGACGUGCUGAGCGCGCGCGACCCCAAGAGCGGCGCCCCCGCCGUCGACGCGACGAACGUGUCCACGAACUACCGCGACGGCGGCGCCUACCUCAAGCCCGCCUUCGCGCCGCGGUCCGCGACGCGCUUCUUCCCGUGCGCCGGCGGCGGCGGCGUCACCGUCGCGCUCGCCAUGGGCGCGGUGCGCGUCGUCGCGACGCCCUUCGAGAAGUUCGCCCAGUACGAGCUCCGCGUCUCCACGGACGGCGGGCCGCCGAAGAGCGCGUGGCGCCGCUACAGCGCGUUCCGCGCGUUCAUGGACUGCCUCGCGGCCGAGUCCGCGCCGCGGCGCAUCGUCCGCACCCUGAGCGCCUGGGCCGACGCCCAGGACGCGAAGAAGGUCUUCCGCUGCACGCACCCGGCCUACCUCGUGCGCCGCUACUACCACUUCGAGCACGUCCUCCGCGAGGCGCUCUUCGAGAUGGAGUCGCCGGACCUGCUCCUCUCCUUCUUCGCGUCGCGCGACGCGCGCGACGGAAACGCCGGGCCCGCGACCCAGGCCGCGAAGCGCCGCGCGCGGUCCGACGACGCCGCGCGGCGCCCGCGCCACGCGGGCCCGCCGGGCCGCAGCCCCUUCGCGCGGUCCACGGACCGCGCGAUCCCCGGCGCGUUGCCCUCCGACGCCGCGAGCGACGCCGUCUCCGCCGCGGGCACGCCCGCGCCGCGGUCCUCCUUCCUCGGCGCCUUCCUCGGCGUCCGCGACGUGAAGCGCGUGCCCCGCACCUGGUCCGCGCGGCGGAAGCUCGCGCGCGCGGCGUUCGACGCGCAGCUCGGCUGGAACCGCAUCGACGACGAGGCCGCCGACGAGGCGGACGCGGCGGGCGCCGACGCGGAACCGACGAGCGACGCGGCGGCGAACACCGUCGGCACGACGGCCUUCGGCGUCGUCGUCGUCGCGCUCGUGCUCCGCUUCGGCGGGCGCGCCGCGCUGCUCCAGGUCCUGGGCCUCGACGUCGCCGCGGACACGGAGAUCGCCCAGCGCAUCGACGACUUCGUCGCCUGGAGCCACAGCUUCGACGUGAUUCCGGGCUACGAGGACGCGACGUUGCUCCUGCUCUACUGCGGCGCGUUUAUCGUCGCCAAGGUCGGCUGCGUCGACCCGCUCACGUUCGCGCUGGCCAUCUCGUCGGGCGUCUUAUUCGGCGGCGUCGUCAACGGCGCGCUCGUCGCGACGGCCUGCGCGACGAUCGGGUCCUCGGUGGCCUUCGGAUUAGCAAGAUACGGCCGGCCGCGGCUCCGGGAGAAGCUGCUCGUGCUCGUGCGCCGCGACGCGAAGACGCGCGCGCUGGAGCGCGCCGUCGCCGAGCGGGGCUUCGUCACCGUGCUGGUGCUGCGCCUCGCGCCCCUGUUGCCGAUCCCCAUCGGCGGCUACCUCCGAAUCGACUUUGAUUUGACCGAGCUAGAGAAUUCUCAAGUUUGGUGGGGACCCCCCAAACCAGUGGUUGGUUUCGGCACAGGCGGCUACAACUACCUGUACGGCGCGACGGACAUGUCGUUCCUCGCGUUCGCCCCCGCCAUGUUCCUCGGGUCGCUCAAGCCCUACGCCUUCGACGCCUACCUCGGCGUCGUCGGCAAGACCGUCGUCGACGACGUCGCGUCGGGCGCGCCGACGUCGCAGCUCAGCGACCCCGUGCUCGUCGGCGUCUUCGCGGCGUUUCUAGCCAUCGGCGCGCUGAGCUCGGAGCUCGCGACGGAGGCGUGGCGCGACAUCGAGGCCGAGUCGCUCGCGGAGGAGGAAAAGAGGAGCGCGGGCGGCGGCGCUGUCGAGGACGCCUACCCCGAGGGCGACUGGCUCGACGUGCUCGAGGUGAGGGAAGGGGCGCCGUGGCAGGCGCUGGAGGCGGUGAGGGAAAAGGUCGCGGAGGCCGAGCCCGACGGGUCCAAGGCGCUCCGCCGCGCGGCGCGGCGCGCGCGGCGGGCCCUGGCGACCAUGGCGCGCGAGGAGCUCGCGCUCGCGCGCGUCGACGACGCCGCGGCGCGCGCGGAGGAGGGCCUGCCGCCGCGGGAGGCGACGGCGGCCGAGGACGCCGCGCGCGCGGCGUUCGUCGACCGCUUCGCCGUGCGCGCGCCCGCGGCCGACGCCGCGGCCGGCGUCGCCUCCGUCGUGCCGCCGGAGAGCGACGCGGAGCUCCAGCUCCCCCAGGCGCUCCUCGAGUCGACGCUCUUCUCCUACGUCCACUCGGGCCAGUACGACCUCGAGCUCGUGCGGCGGCUCGCGGUGAGCAACGCGCGGCUCGCGAAGAUCGCGAACGUCGAGCACUGCGUCAACCUCGUCGCGCUGAACCUGAGCGGCAACAAGAUCAUCAACGUCGAGGGCCUCGACGCGCUGGUCCAGCUCGCGCGCCUCGACCUCUCUCGGAACCAGAUCCGCAAGGUCGAGCGCGGCCUCGCGCGGCUCCGGAGCCUCGAGCACCUCGACCUCCACGGCAACGCGAUCCUCGGCGCGAAGCAGCUCGCCCGGGACCUCGAGCCCUGCGGUUCGCUGAGUUCGCUCGCCCUCGCGGCGCCCGACGGGUCCCGGGGCAACCCGUGCUGCGACGACGGCGACUACGUCGCCGCGCUCCGCGCGUCGCUGCCGCGCCUCGAGGCCCUCGACGGCGGCCGGCUGUCCCUGCGCGACGACGCCGACGCCAUCGCCGCCGAGCUCGCGGACGCGGCGCCCGACGCGCCCGCGCCGGCGCGCGUCGCGGACUGGCUCGGCCGCGACUUCGACUGGCGCGCGACCGACCGCGCGCCCGCGCCGCUCAAGGCCGCCUACGCCCAGCGCGACGCCGCCGACGCCGCCGCGCGGGAGGCGCUCUUCCAGGCGACGACGGACUGCAAGCACCUCGCGCAGGACAUGGACGCGGAGCUCGACAAGAGCCGCGCGCUCCUCGCGGACCUGUUCCCGGAGGACGCGGACCCCCUGGGGCUCGGGCAGCCGUAA